AUGAGGGCGAUAUUGUCAGUCGCCAAGUCGCUUUUGGGUGGAAGACGUGGUGACAGUGUUGACAGUGUUUAUAGCGAUUCAGUUAUUCGAAAUAAUGAUCGAACUGUUCAUUCAUUUCGUGUUUAUAUAAAUGGAACUCGCAAGAAAAAUGAAAUGGUGCAUGGUGAGAUUUGUUUUUUGUUAAACUCAGAGAUGUCUCAUAAUAAAUAAAUAUUAUUUUCAGCUUGGUUGCGCAUCACCAAUACUUCAAUAACUGUCGAAAUCUCAAAGAAAGAAUGCCUAAUUUGGCCUCUUCCUUUAAUCCGAAGAUAUGGCUACACAUCAGCCGGAAUAUUUUUCUUUGAAAGUGGAAGACGUUGCGAAUCAGGGGAAGGAACUUUCACAUUUCAAAGUAAAAAAGCUGAAGAGAUUUUCCACGUAAGAUAAGAUUUUCGGAAAUCAACCUCAAAUGCUGUUUUUCUAGCUAAUUCAAAUACUCAUUGAACAAUACUCUAAUAUUACCAUUGAACAACAACAACAAUUACACGAAUUUCGAUAUCAACGUCAACAAUCAGUUCCAGUUUCAUCUCGAAGAUUAUCAAAUUCAAGUAACAAUUCAAGUGUUUUCGGCAUGAAAUUCGCUCCAUCUCCACUAAUGUCAAUGAAUUCUGGUGGUCCACGUCAUUCGAAUUCAUCAAUGACUUCAGUGAGAAGUGGUUCAAAUACGGUUCGAACAAUGCCAUCAUCAGUUCAACGAUUCAGAAGUGAAGGAAUGAAUUCAGAUGUGUUGGCAAUGAAUUCUUCACCAAAUUCAUCAUCAGGUGUUUCUUCACUAAAUGAUAGUGUUGGUUAUUAUUCAUAUCAUCGCUCUUCAUAUGAUCCAAGAAUGCGCGGAACAAUUCUUGCACAAACCAAUCAACGACCAAGAAGUGUGACAGAUUCGAGCGAUUUUAUGGAUUCCUCUUUUGCAUCUGCGUCGCAUCAUUUACCACACGACAGUUUUCACGCACUUCGAACUCCCCCUAACAAAUUUCACCACGAUCCACGUAUUUUAGGCAACAUUGUGUAAGUGUCGAAUUGCAGAAAUUCGAGUGAUCCUUAAACUUCUAAAAAGCAGAAGGUGGAUGAUGAAUUAUUUAUUUAUUUUUUGAGUUGAAAAUUACGAAGUGCAAAAGGGGAUUUUGAAAGUUAAAAAUAAAUUAUGUUAUUGAAAAUAAGGCAUAGAAUUUGAAAUUUUUCAAGAAAAAUGUGAAAUCAGAAAUUUUUUUUUUGAAAGGUUAUUAAUAAUUCAUCAUCUAUCUUCUGCUUUUCCAAAGUUCAAAAAUCAAUCAAAUUUAAUCAAACUUUAUUUUCAGAACGGAAAGAACUAACCGAAGUGUCUACAACUCACCAGUUUCUGAUAUCUCUAAUGGAAUCCUGCCAUCUUAUAUAAAUAUCUCACCAAAAGAAGUCGCUCCACCACACGUUCCUCAUCCUCAUUCACAUUCACAUUCCCAUUUACAUCAACAUCAUUCCUCAUCUUCCUCACAAAAUCGUCAUUUCUUUCCAUCAACAACUUCUUCAAUGAUAACAGCAGCCGCAGCAUCAGAGGUUUCAGCAGCGAUAAAUGCAAUGUCAGCCGCAAAUAAUAAUGGAGAGUUUUUGACAAGAAAAACACCGCCGACUCCGAGAUUUGAGAAUUUCAGUGGAAGAAAACGAGAUGUUAGUGAAAGUGAAUCAGCGAAAAUGAGAAUGUAUAAUGAGAGAGCAGCAGGAAUUGAGGAUCCGAGAUUUUCUGCAAUUAAUGCUUUUCAUGAUGAUAAUUAUGUGAAUUUAGAAGAUAUUCAGGUAUGAGUUAGACUUUAGAGUCCAAUUUUUCAUUUUCAUUUGAAUAUUUUGAAAUUUUCAAAAAUAUGCAGAUUUAACCUGAAGCUUUUCAAUGUUAUCCCAACUUUUUGUGAAUAACAUUUGGAUUUUUUCUGUUCCCCCAAAAAUUCUCUUCAUUUUCAUUGUUUUUGGUCUCAAAUCGCUCUCAAACCAGCCAGCCAGCAAUAAAAAUAAAAAUUGUUGCAAUUUCCAAUUUUCCUUCAUCAAAAUCCCUCUUUUUGCACUUUCUGUUUUUUGUUGCAAAUUCGGAGAAUACUAAUUACCAAAUAUCCGAAGAAAAAUUGAAUUUAAGCCAUCCAGACAGACAAAAAAAAGGCCCCAAUAUAUUUUCAGGACCAUCAAAAUACACCAAAAACUCGUGCCGCCACCGCUUCUCCAAAAUCCCGUGUAAACUACACUUUACUUGUGCCGGUAACCGAAGAAUCGAAUGAUGGCGGAAGAACGAGUCGGUGAGUUUUUUAGUUGUUGUUGUUGGAAAAUUCUAAAAAUAAACAAUUUCUGAAAAAAAGUUCAUGUCAAUUUUCAUAGUCGGCCCUUAAUUGGUAUGUUUUGAGUUGGACAAUAAAAAAAUGCUCUCCGUUUUUUUCGCCUCAAAUUUUUACACGUCAUUUUUUGGUCGCCCCCGGAAGAAGCUUUCCGCGGAAAAUAAAAUGUGUCACACAGGAAAAAUGCAAAUUUUGUUGUUUUGCCUAGUCACCCACCGGUCAUUUUUUUUUUGGUUUUUCACACACAAAAAAGAACAUUUUUUGAGCACCACCACAAAAAAAUAUAUUGAAAUUGAAAUUUUGACGAGCCACCGCCGGAUGAAGAAAAUUGGAAAAUAGAGUAUUUUUGUGCUCAUUUUUCAUUGUCAGUCAGAAAAUUGAAUUAUAAAAAAAUAACAAUCUAUUUUUUGUGACAGAAAUUUGAUGAAUGCGCUCGCAAAGUACAGUAUUCCAGGUUUUAAUUGAAAAAAAUCUGAUUUUUUCAAAGAAGGAAACCACGUUUUUAAAAAUAAAAUUCCGAAAUUGCCACGUCAUAGUUCGAGUUAAAAAUAAUUUGAAUAUCUAAAAUUUCAAAGGCUUCAAUAUUUUCCAAAUUUAGAUUUAUUCGGAUAGUACAAUGGGAGGUAUUUGUUUUCGAACUAAAAUUUCAGAAUUUUCAAAAUUUCCACGUCAUAGCUCGCCAUGAAUAUAAGAGGCUUUAAUUUUCAUUAUUCGGAUAACUUCAUCAAAUUUUUUGAAAAUUGUUUAAUCCUUGUACAAUUGUCAUCGAGCAUUUAAAAUCUACAAAAUAAACGUACAUUCUAAAAUUAUGUACAAAAAUUCGAACAAAUAUUUUUUAUUCAUUAACAAAUUUCAAAUCCAAUUUUUUCACUUGCUUCAAUGUUUUUAUUUUGUAUUAAGUUCAAAUGUUUUUAAUAAGGAGGAUUUAUAAACUUGAUGUUGGGGAACAAAGAGAUUUAACAACAAAAUAAAAUGUAAAUUUUCCAGGAAACCCCGAAAAAUGUACAUUUUAAAAUAAAUGUCUCAUGAAAACAUCUAGAAAAAAUGUACAUUUUUAGGAAAUCCCCGAAAAAUUGACAUUUUGCGUGAAAAAUUUUUCCAAAAAAAAUGUGCAUUUUUCAGGGUUCCCUUAAAAAUUUACAUUUUUAUUUUUUAUUUUCACGUCAAAUUGCAGACAUGGAAAAAGUCUGCUUUUUAUUUUUUUAAGAAGAAGCAGAAAUGAAAUAAUCGAGAGAGUCCGAACUGAUUCGCGUGUAGAUAAAAAUGUAGGGCAUCACGCUCAAUGAAAACAUUCAUUUCCCAGAAACAGUUUCAUAAGAAACGGAAUGGAAAUAUUUGUUUUCUCGUGACCCCUUAUCUUUUUUUUUGUCAAAAAUGUACAUUUUUAGGAAAUCCCCAAAAAAUUUACAUUUUCACGUUGAUUAUUUCUUUCAAAAUGUGCAUUUUUUGGGAUUUCCUGAAAAAUUUACAUUUUUUCUACCCUCUUUUUAAUUAAUGAUUUAAAUAGUCUUUUAUUUGGAAGCUUUUGACUGGAAUUUUUUUGAUGUGGAAGCUUUUGAGAAAGAGAAACAACUAUUUUUGCAAAAAUAAUAUACAUUUGAAUUUUUUUUGGUUAUUAUCAAAAUUUGAUUAUUUUUUGAACAUGUACAGUUUUCGGGAAGAAUUUAAAAAUAUUUGUUUCUAAAUAAAAAUAAUGAAAAUGAAAGCCUCUUAUAUGAUAAAAUGCUCCAAAUUCAGAUUUUUGUUGAGAAAUCAAGCAUGAAAAUUGAAUUUUCCUACCCUUAUUUUUAGAUCCACAUUGAAAACCUCAAAAAUCACAAGCUGGGCUUCUCUGAAACCCCUUGCAGAAUAUUUUUCUGAAAGUUUUCAAAAUAAAUUUUUCUCAGACAUCAAAUCGCCCUAAUAUGGACCCAUACAAAUUAGGAAAAAUUCAUAGAAACCAAAAAAUUAAUAAACAUAUUUUCAGCCUAGUUUUUCUCGAUUCCUAUGAUAAAAUGUUAUUUUCCAGAUGUUCUUCAGUCGGCCGAUUUUAUGAUAUAAACUACACUCAAAUCGAUGUGAAUCGAACCGAAGCAUUGAAAGAAACAAUGAGAAAAUCAAACGACUAA